UUCCCAUCCCAUCCCUUCCCUUCCCGCCCCGGCCCUUGCGGCGCCUCCUGCCCUGGCGGCCGAGCCCUUCAUCCGGGGCUUCGCGGCCGAGCCCUUCAUCCGGGGCUUCGCGGCCGAGCCCUACAUCCGGGGCUUCGCGCCGAGCCCCACAUCCGGGUGAUCAGAUGGCAGGUGUACCAGGGGUAGUUCUGAAAUCCACCGAAGAUAUUUCAGGCAGCGCUGCCCAGUGCAUUGCAGGCUGCAUGUACCAAGUAGUUCAGACGAGUGGCCUGGAUGGAAAAAAUCUUCUGAAAUUGCUUCCAAUCUCCAACUCUCCUGGAAACCUUAUGCCACUAGUCUCCUCUUCCGUCACAACUGACCCUUCCAAAGCGAACCUGGCAAGCCCAGUUCAUGUAACUUUUCAGACCCAGCUCAACAGCCUGGCCACGGCUCCGUCAAUCCAGUUCCCCGUCUUCCAGCCGGUCAGUGCUGGAAAGUACAUUCUCACGAGAACCUUGGACCCUCCAGAAAACGUGAGAGCGACCUCGGCGGACAGCAAGAGUUUGCCUUCGAAGGAGGCGGUGGCGGUGGCUAAUGCCCCACCUCCUCCCGGGGCAGCUGACAGACUCUCUUUACCGCAGAGCGCCGUCGUCUCUCCCCCGUCGGGUCAGGGCGACACCACGUACAUGUUGGUCAACCCCAAGAAUCUCCCUGUAAUGGUGAAGUCCCCCGGGUUGCCCUCCGGGCACCAUUUGCAGAUCCCGGCCCACGCCGAAGUCAAGUCGGUCCCGGCUUCUUCUCUGCCCCCGGCCAUCCAGCAGAAGAUCCUCGCGGCAGCCACGACCGAGCCGCCGGGCUCCUCCGAGGCCACAAAAACGCCCACCGUCAUCUACGUGUCCCCGGUCAAUACCGUGAAAACCAUGGUCUCCAAGUGCUGGCAGGCCAUCUGUCCCAAGCUCCCCCCUCCGGAAGCGUCGAAGGCCGUGAUCGUGACCGGGCCCCCGGCCCCGGCCAAGGGUGCCGCUCCGGAUGGCGGGGCCACAGCGGGUCCAGCGGCUCAGGGCACGCCCAUGAAGUGGGUGGUGAAAAAUAACCCCCAGUGCUCCGCCCCCUGUCUCGUCCCGGUCAAGUCUUCCAACAACGUGGCCUCCAAGAUCUUAAAAACUCUGGCAGACAUGAAGAACGUGCAGAGCACUUCUGCCGGCAUCCUACCAUUGUGUUCGGGCGGGUCCGGCGGGAACCAGUCGAAAAUCACCCCCAUUAAGGAUAACGCUUUGGUCAUGUUUAAUGGAAAGGUGUAUCUCCUGGCUAAAAGAGGGUCGGAAGUUCUGGCGCCUCAUUUUGAACCGCAGAGCCCCUCCUCCUCCUCCUCUUCCUCCUCUUCCUCCUCCUCCGACAUCACGCCACGCAAGGACCCACCGCAAUUAGUGGAUUCUAACGUAUCAAAAAUAACCAGUGAAGUGGUCAAUAUCGUCUUGGCCAAGAGGAAUAAUAACGUGGCCACUCCCCAGAAAGAUGCGAAGGAAGGCGGCGAGGGACAGCUUGAUUCCGAGUCAGCCGCCGAGAAGAAACCCAGAGCAGGAAGUGCGCUGUUUUCGACUCCCCGUCCACAAAAGGUCAACUCACCGAUUGACCAGGGAGAACAGGGCAAGACCGCAGCUCUGCCCAGUGAGCCAAGUUUGCCAAGUGGAGUCGGAACAGACCCGAACGCCAGACUAGAGCUGGACGGUGGCCCUAGUAAGGAGAAAGUCAGUUCCCCUGCUGACCCAGCAACAGUUUCAUCACAUCGUUGCGCUUUUACCGAUCAGAAGCCAAAGAUCCAGGGAGAGAUGGCGCCCGCCCCGGAAGGGGAGGCUCCAGCCGGAAGGGAGCCCAAAACCUGUCCGAAACAGGAGGCCGAGUUGAGGAAGAAGUUUGGCCUCGCCAGGGACUUGAGAGUGCAGCUGACCAGAAUUCCUGACUUCUGGGACACAGAAGUGAGGAAAACCUCCCCGGGCGGUUUGGAAAACCAUCAUUCUUUCCAAGAGGCGAAGUUCAGAGCGGAGCCAACUGGUGGAAAAGAGGAAACGAACAAGAAGGGAACUGUGGAACAGGACACGGAUAAGAAAAGAAAAGCCAAAGUUCCAAAGAUGACUAGUGCCAAAAGAAGGAAGUCUGGAGCGGAUUGUCCCGCCAGUCCAAACCCACAAGGCAACAGCCCCCGGCCUCAGCGACAGCCCGGCGGUGGAGCUCGUUUGGCCGAGUCACGAGAAGCCGGCCACCCGGUGACCACCGGCCCUGUGCAAGAGACCGGUAGCGAACCACAGGCCUGUUCCCCAAACAACCUUCCCUCAAGCACGUGGAGUCCCCCAGCCUGCGCGUUGUUCGAACCCAAUCUCCCCAUUUGCCAAGGAGCUUUCACAGAAGACAAUUUCUCUUCUAUGCCACCGGAACUGGAUGAGACCAUCCGGGAUGAAAAGAUCAAAAGACUGAAGCAGCUGCUGAGGGAGAGAGAAGCCGCCCUGGAAGAAAUGCGUAAAAAGAUGCAUCAGAAUUGAAAAAAAAAAAAAAAAGCCGAGUAUUUGAGUAUUUGACUUGUAACGAGUUCAUGGAAGUGUUUAUUUUUCUUUCAGUGUUUUAUAUAAAUUCCUGAAACAGUUAGGCCUUCAGACAGUCUGUGACCUUCCAAGCCUGCUGUCCCUGACCCUGGAACUCUUAGCUUCGGUCACUGGCUUGGCGACUCUCUGUUCGGGACCCAGAAGAAACUGACCGGCCUCGGUUGUGGGUUCCGAGUGGCUGAGACCGGUAUGUGUUCUCCGGGCCUGGUCUCCCCUGGAAUCUUUUUGUACAUGAAAGUUCAAUGUGUUUUCUAUCCUUUUAAUAAGAACCCGUCAAGGAGUUGGAA